CGCGUGCGCAGCGAACAGCUGUCACCCAGUGCGGAACAAGUCUUCCAAAUUUCCCAAAUCUCCCUGGGCCGGAGGCCACCUUCUUCCUCCUCAUCUUCCUCCUUGGGGUCGUAUCUCCGUCCCCACCCGCGCGCCAGGUUUCUCUGGGCCACAAAUAGCCAGUACUCUUCUCUCCACUUGGCUGAGCUCAUUGCAGGUGUGUGUAGGCUCUAUGCCCAGCGUGGAACCCAAUGUGGGGCUUGAAUGCAUGACCCUGAGAUCAAGACCUGAGCUGAGAUCAAGAGUUGGAUGCCCGUACAUCUGGUAUUUGUAUACCAGAGACUGCCCUAAACCAUCAUGGAGGUGGCUGAGGUAGAGAGUCCUCUGAACCCCAGCUGUAAGAUCAUGACCUUCAGACCCUCCAUGGAGGAGUUCCGGGAGUUCAACAAAUACCUCGCGUACAUGGAGUCUAAAGGAGCCCAUCGAGCGGGUCUUGCAAAGGUGAUUCCUCCUCGGGAAUGGAAGCCAAGGCAGUGCUAUGAUGACAUUGAUAAUUUGCUUAUUCCAGCACCGAUUCAGCAGAUGGUCACAGGGCAGUCGGGACUGUUCACUCAAUACAACAUCCAGAAAAAAGCCAUGACAGUGAAAGAGUUCAGGCAGCUGGCUAACAGUGGCAAAUACUGUACUCCAAGAUACUUGGAUUAUGAAGAUUUGGAGCGCAAGUAUUGGAAGAACUUAACUUUCGUAGCACCUAUCUAUGGCGCCGACAUUAAUGGAAGCAUAUAUGAUGAGGGUGUGGAUGAAUGGAACAUAGCUCGCCUAAAUACGGUCUUGGAUGUGGUUGAGGAAGAGUGCGGUAUUUCUAUUGAGGGUGUAAACACCCCUUAUCUCUAUUUUGGCAUGUGGAAAACCACAUUCGCGUGGCACACCGAGGAUAUGGACCUCUACAGCAUUAAUUAUCUCCACUUUGGAGAGCCCAAGUCUUGGUAUGCAAUACCCCCGGAACAUGGAAAACGACUUGAAAGACUAGCUCAAGGUUUUUUCCCAAGCAGUUCUCAAGGGUGUGAUGCAUUUCUUCGCCACAAGAUGACACUGAUAUCUCCCUCAGUACUGAAGAAGUAUGGUAUUCCCUUUGACAAGAUCACUCAGGAGGCUGGAGAAUUUAUGAUUACUUUUCCAUAUGGCUACCAUGCUGGUUUUAAUCAUGGUUUCAACUGUGCAGAAUCUACAAAUUUUGCUACAGUCAGAUGGAUUGACUAUGGGAAGGUUGCUAAAUUGUGCACCUGCAGGAAAGACAUGGUGAAAAUUUCAAUGGAUAUUUUUGUGAGGAAAUUUCAGCCAGACAGAUAUCAGCUUUGGAAGCAAGGAAAGGAUAUAUACACCAUUGACCAUACAAGGCCUACUCCAGAAUCCACACCUGAAAUAAAAGCAUGGCUGCAGAGGAGGAGGAAAGUAAGAAAAGCAUCCAGGAGCAAACAUUCUGCUCUGACCACAGUGUCUCUUGUUAAUAGUUUCCAGUGCACUGGUUCUUACUCUAAGAGGCUUAAGAAUGAGGAGGAUGAAGAAGUGUCACCUGCAGUCGAUAGGGUGGAGGGCCUCACCCCUGACCAAGACCCAGAAGACCUCAAGGUCAGUGAAAAAUCAGUAGAAGCAGUGAAGAUGGGGAACACAGAAUCUCCUUUAGAAGAAGAGGCUUCUGCUAGCAGGAAGCAGCCAGAUCAGAAUUCAUUGGAUAAUGUCAAACUCUCAGGAAAUAGUUGCUUAAGCACAUCUAUACCAGAAGAAGUACAAAUUAAGGAUGACCAAGACUAUGGUGUAAUUCUACCUUCAAAUCCCAGUGAAACUGAUGAUUCCAUAUCUGGCGGCCAUGUGACAUCCAAGGAAUCAGACCCACCCAAGCUUCCAUGGCCAAAGUUACCUGAGUCAUGCUUCUCAGUGGCAGAGAGUAACAGUGUGCUGAUAGAGGGAGAUGAGAGUGAUGUGGAUACCCGCAGGAGUGGCCUCGAACCUGGGGAGAUCCCAGUGAUCCCCAGGGGAGAGAGAAAUGGCCUCGCUGUCCUUGGUAGAAUAGAGGGAGAAACCAAAACUGCUAAAAGUUGGCGCCAUCCACUUAGUAAGCCUCCGGCAAGGUCCCCAUUGACUCUGGUGAAGCAGCAGGCAACAAGCGAUGAAGAAUUGCCCGAGGUUCCAUCGAUUGAGGAGGAAGUGGAAGAAACAGAGUCUUGGGCGAAGCCUUUGGUCCACCUUUGGCAGACGAAGUCCCCAAACUUUGUGGCUGAACAGGAGUAUAACGCAGCCAUGGCCAGAAUGGAGCCACACUGUGCCAUCUGUGCUCUUCUUAUGCCAUACUACAAGCCAGAUAGCAGCAAUGAAGAAAAUGAUUCUAGAUGGGAGACAAAAUUAGACGAAGUUGUUACUCCGGGAGGAAAGACUAAGCCCCUCAUUCCAGAGAUGUGUUUUAUUUAUAGUGAAGAAAAUAUAGAAUAUUCUCCGCCUAAUGCCUUUCUGGAAGAGGAUGGAACAAGUCUUCUGAUUUCCUGUGCAAAGUGCUGCGUACGGGUUCAUGCAAGUUGCUAUGGUAUCCCUUCUCACGAGAUCUGUGAUGGAUGGCUGUGUGCCCGGUGCAAAAGAAAUGCAUGGACAGCAUUACUGCUUGACUCCUGGGCUUACACACUGAGCAGUUCUGUUACCCAAGAUAAUGAACCAGGGUUUGAGAAAGUAAGUGUUUUACCCCCAGGAUCGCCUCACAAUAUGGAGUGCUGUCUCUGCAAUUUGAGAGGGGGUGCUCUUAAGGAAACGAAGAACAAUAAGUGGGCCCAUGUCAUGUGCGCCGUCGCGGUGCCAGAAGUUCGAUUCACUAAUGUCCCAGAAAGGACACAGAUAGAUGUAGGCAGAAUACCUUUACAGAGGUUAAAAUUGAAAUGCAUCUUCUGCAGACACCGGGUCAAGAAGGUCUCUGGAGCCUGCAUCCAGUGUUCCUACGGCCGUUGCCCAGCCUCCUUCCAUGUCACAUGUGCUCAUGCUGCUGGGGUGCUGAUGGAGCCUGAUGAUUGGCCAUACGUGGUGAACAUCACAUGCUUUCGACAUAAGGUCAACCCAAAUGUGAUGAACAAACUGAGGCUGAUAAAGGUUCAAGAUCCCAAGAUCACACAGCUAAAGUCCAAGGCUGGGGAGAAGGGCAUCUCUGUGGGGCAGACGGUCAUCACAAAGCAUCGGAACACCCGGUAUUACAGCUGCAGAGUGAUCGCUGUGACAUCGCAGACCUUCUAUGAGGUUGUGUUUGAUGAUGGCUCCUUCAGCAGAGACACAUUCCCUGAGGAUAUAGUGAGCCGAGACUGUGUGAAACUGGGCCCUCCUGCUGAGGGAGAAGUUGUCCAAGUCAAGUGGCCUGAUGGCAAACUCUAUGGAGCAAAAUAUCUGGGAUCAAAUGUUGCCCACAUGUACCAGGUUGAAUUUGAAGAUGGAUCCCAGAUAGCAAUGAAGAGAGAGGACAUCUACACUUUAGACGAAGAGUUACCCAAGAGAGUGAAAGCUCGUUUCUCCACAGCCUCUGAUAUGCGAUUUGAAGACACAUUUUACGGAGCAGACAUAAUCCAAGGCGAGAAAAAAAGACAGAGAGUGCUGAGCUCCAGGUUUAAGAACGAAUAUGUGGAUGACCCUGUGUACCGCACAUUUUUGAAGAGCUCUUUCCAGAAGAAGUGUCAGAAGAGACAGUAAUCUGCAUAUACUGCUGUAGGCAACCAAGCAAGUUGGUCCGGAAGAAGAAAGAUGAAGGGACAGCCUUGGGGCCAGUGAUGUGUUUCACUGGGGUAGGUGGCGGGGGUGUUUCUGACAGUGGAAAAUUAGGCUUGCCAGAGUUUGUCACCCAAACCACAGAGUACAAGUGUUACUAAUUGGACACAACAAUCUGAAGUCAUCCCCUAGUCCUGCUUUCACUUGUGAGCAAUUGUCUUCGAUGAUCCCAAAGAACUUUUCUAAGUAAAAGGAAAUAAUAAUGAAUCACCCACCAAAAAAAGCCACUGCCUGAGGAGGCGGGUCCCACAUGCGACCUAAUUAGGCCUUUAGUCAGGAAACACAUGGAGACUUUUCUCCACAAGCCCAGCGGGUGGGAGCCUCCAUACCCAGGUAGGAGGGUGAUCAUUUAUAUAUUUUCCACAGUCAGGGAAGGACUCUCACUUAUUUAAAUGGCAGUUUUUAUAAAACAUUUUUAAAAUACAAAUGGCCUGUAUGGUAAUGAGAUUUACCCUUGUGCUAUCUGUAAUUUCCCUUGUACAGAACUUUUAAAAUUUUUUAUAUCCCUAUUACUUUUGAUUGUGUCUGAUGAGAACUGAGUUGUUGGCCUUUGUGAAAUUUUGGCUCUUGAGAAAGAAUUCUUAUGAACUGUAUGGGAAUUUUAUAUAUUUAAAGAGGGAGAUCUGGGGCGGUUAUUUUUAAACACUUUUUUUUCAUAAUAUUCUGAGUAGAUAUUUAUAAAAUAUAUUUCUUUCAUUAUGUGUUUGUAAAAUUAGAGUUUAAAUAAAUAUGCUUUGAUGCAUAGUUUUCAACUAAUUUGAUUUUUCCUUUUUAAAACAGCUUGAAAAUGUACUAGUGUUUAAAAAUAAAGAUUUCCAUUUUCUCCAA